CACAUAACUACACUCACACCACUACACUCACAACUACACUCACACAACUAAACUCACACAACUACACACACACUUACACCACUACACUUACACUCACACAACUACACUCACACUCACUAAUGACCCCAGCUUUAUUAAAGACAGGAACAUGAGUUCAGUACACACAUGCACACUCACACAACUACAUUCACAGUUGACUUUGUUCUGAUGUGAGUAAAAUGUGCUCCAACAGGUUUUUUCUUUCUGAAGAAAAGAAAAAUACAGACAGUUCCUCAUUCUCAGCCCUGCUGACAGAUUUCUAAAAAAAACAGAAGAAAAAGAAAGUAAAUUCCAGCUGGGGUCGGUGUCGGCAGUGUUCAGCUGUGUGUGAAUGAAGAAGAGUAAAUGAUGGAUCUUCAGAACUCCAGCAGUGGAGGAGGACCUCCUGUCCUAAAAUCUGUUUACAGGGAGAAGAGAGCAGCAUCUCCAGCCCCCAGUGGAGUGUCUAUGAAGAGUGACGGGUCCAUGAGGAAUCCUCUAAACUUCAGCAGUGGAGGAGGAAGCUCUGGGUCUCGAACUGAAACCCAGAGAGGAGCUUCUCCAGAACCCAGCUGUGUUUCUAUGAAGAGUGACCGGUCCAUCGAACAUCCUCCUGAUUUCAGCAGUGAAGAUAUGACCUCUGACCCACAUAAGAAGAAAAACAACUAUUCCAGAGAAAAACUGGACCACAUAUUCAAGGAGCUGCAGGAGAAGUUUAUCUCUCUAGUGAAGAACGAGCUGAACACAUUCAAGAAGCUCCUGAGUUCAGAUUACCCAGCAUGCUCUGAGGGAGAGAUGGAGGAUGAUCAGAAGGAGGGGGUGCUGAAGGUCACACUGCACAUCCUGAGGAACAUGAAUCAGACAAACCUCGCCAACACACUAGAGAGCAAAUUGGCCCCAGCAUGUCAACAAAAGCUCAAAUCCAAGCUGAGAGAUAAAUAUCAGAUACUUAAUGAAGGAAUUUCAGGCCAUGUAAAGUCAGCACUUCUGAAUGAGAUCUACACUGAGCUCUACAUCACAGAGGGGGGUGGAGGAGAUGUCAAUCAGGAACAUGAGGUGAAACAGAUUGAAGCUGCAUCCAGGAAAAGGACAACAGAGGAAAGACCAAUCACAUGCAACGACAUCUUUAAACCAUUACAAGAACAGAACCGACCCAUCAGAACAGUUCUGACUAAAGGAGUUGCUGGAAUUGGAAAAACAGUCUCUGUGCAGAAGUUCAUUCUGGACUGGUCUGAAGGAAAAGUAAAUCAGGACGUUCUCUUCAUAUUUCCACUUCCUUUUAGAGAGCUGAAUCUGAUGAAGGAGAAGAAGCUCAGUCUGUUAAAUCUUCUUCAGAGCUUUUUCCCAGAAACACAAGAUUUACAACCAAGACAUUAUAAGAGCUACAAGAUCAUGUUCAUUUUUGAUGGUCUGGAUGAGUGUCGACUUCCUCUAGAUUUCCAGAACAAUGAGAACUUGGUGAAUAUAGAAGAGCAAACCUCAGUGGAUGUUCUGCUGACAAACCUCAUAAAGGGGAAUCUGCUUCCCUCUGCUCUCCUCUGGAUCACCUCUCGACCAGCAGCGGUCAGUCAGAUCCUUCCUGAGUGUUUUGAUCAGGUAACAGAAGUGCGGGGUUUCAGUGACCCUCAGAAACAGGAGUACUUCAGUAAGAGGAUCAGGAAUCAGGACCUGGCCAACAAAGUCUUCACACACAUCAGGUCUUCAAGAAGCCUCUACAUCAUGUGCCACAUACCCGUCUUCUGCUGGAUUACAGCCACUGUUCUAGAGAGAAUGCUGAGUGAAGCUGAGAGUGGAGAAAUUCCCAAAACCCUGACGCAGAUGUUCACACACUUCCUGAUCUUUCAGAUCAAACACAAGAGCCAGAAGUACAGUGGGAAAAGUGAAACUGAUCCUCAGCAGACUAGAACAAGUAUCCUGGCUCUGGGGAAACUGGCGUUCCAGCAGCUGGAGAAAGGAAACCUGAUCUUCUAUGAGGAAGAUCUAAGAAAGAGUGGUAUCGAUAUUGAAGAAGUGUCAGUGUACUCAGGAGUGUGUACCCAGAUCUUCAGGGAGGAACAUGAGCUGCACCUGGGGAAGGUCUUCAGCUUUGUACAUCUGAGCGUUCAGGAGUUUCUUGCUGCUUUAUAUGCAUUUCUCAACAGAAAAAUUCCAAAAGAACAAUCCACUGAACAACAAACCAGUAAACUCUUCAAGUUUUUCAGCAAGUCAACGAAGACUGACUUCCUCAGCAGUGCCAUAGACAGAGCCUUACAGAGUGAGAGUGGACACCUGGACCUGUUCCUUCGUUUCCUUCUGGGUCUCUCACUGGAGUCUAAUCAGUAUCUGUUACGAGUCGUACUGACACAGACAGAGAGAAUCUCUGACAGCAAUGAGGAAACCAUCAAAUACAUCAAGAAGAAGAUUGAGGAGAACUCAUCUCCAGAGAAAUCCAUCAAUCUGUUCCACUGUCUGAAUGAACUGAAUGAUCAUUCUCUGGUGCAGGAAGUGCAGAAAUACCUGAGUGGAGGUGGUGAGCAUCGUCUUCAACAGGCCAGGCUCUCUCCUGCUCAGUGGUCAGCUCUGGCAUUUGUGUUGGUGAACUCAGAAGAAGAGCUGGAGGAGUUUAACCUCAGUAAAUAUGAUCCAUCAGAGGAGUGUCUUCUGAGGCUUCUGCCAGUAGUUAAAAUAUCCAGAAGAGCUGUACUAGCUUCAUGUAAUCUUGGAAUGAAGACGUGUGAAAAUCUGGAAUCAGUUUUAAACCUGGAAAACUCCUCCCUGAAAGAGCUGGACCUCAGUAACAACGACCUGCAGGAUUCAGGAGUGGCGCUGCUCUCUGCUGGACUGAAGAGUUCACAAUGUAAACUGCAGAUUCUCAGAUUAUCUGGUUGCAUGAUCACAGAUAAAGGCUGUUGUUCUCUGGCUUCAGCUCUAAUUUCAAACCCCUCCCACCUGAAAGAGCUGGAUCUGACCUACAACCACCCAGGAGAGUCAGGAAUGAAGAUACUUUCUGAGAGACUGGAGGAUCAACACUGCAAACUGGAGAAACUCGGAGUGGAACAUGGAGGGAAGAUCAGAAUCAAACCUGGAUUAAACAAAUACGGCUGUGAUUUCACUCUGGAUCUGAACACAGUGCAGUGUGAUCUCUCUCUGAGUGAGGAGAACAGGAGGGUGGAGUUUAGAGAGGAGCUGCAGUCGUAUCCUGAUCAUCCAGAGAGAUUUGAUGGGUGGUGGCAGGUUCUGAGUAGAGAGAGAGUUACUGGUGUUACUGGACGCUGUUACUGGGAGGCUGAGUGGAGCGGGGGAGGAGCUGCUGUAGCUCUGAGUUAUAAAACCAUCAGCAGGAAAGGAGGAGGAUUAGACUGUUGGUUUGGAGGGAAUAUAAACUCCUGGAGUCUGUUCUGCUCUGAUAACAGAUACUCUGUUGAACACAAUGAUAACAGAACUGAUCUCUCCACUCCUCCCUCCGGCUGUAGGAGAGUAGGAGUGUAUGUGGACUGUCCCUCCGGCACUCUGUCCUUCUACAGAGUCUCCACUAAUACACCCUCACACUCACACACACACUUACACACAUUCUACACCACCUUCACUCAGCCCCUCUAUGCAGGUUUUAGGGUUUAUUCUGGCUCCUCAGUGCGUCUGUGUAAGAUAGAAUAACCCUGUGUGUAACAGAGAUUCGGUGUGUGUGUGUGUGUGUGUGGGAGGGAGAAUGUUUGUAUAAAUAUAAGUAUGUAAAUAUUUUAUAUAUCUAAUUUUGUAUUUUUUUCCAGAACCUUUAUUUUAAUUACUGUUAUCUUCAUUCAGUACUGUUAUUAUUGUUAAUUAUUGUUUUAUUUUAUUGUAAAUUAGGUUCAUAUUAAUAAAGCUGAAUAAAUGAAGAAAGGUGAAGAGGAGUCUGAUGGUUUUUUGUGUGUUUGUUUUGUGUGGUCAGAUUACGGUGGAAGUUGGAGUCGAGUUUGGUCGAGUUUUGCUUGUUGUAGUUUCUUGUCUUGUCUUGGACACCGUCUGCCCCUCAACAAAGCUGCAGUACCGUCCACUGAAGUCCUGCGUCAUUCUGUAGUCCUCGUACGGCUUCCAAAUAAAUCUGUUCAUAACCCUGUA